UGGCUGUGGCGCCUCCCCACAACCACAAGCACGCUUCUGCCGCCGCUGCCGCGCCGCCCACCCCCUCGAUCGCGUCCCUCGCCGCCUCGAGCUCCCUCCCCUUUCCAGCCUCCGCCGUCGCCGCGUCCCUCCCUCCCGGACCCGCGAAUUACCCACAGAUCCGUUGCGUCCACGCCCCAGAAGCGGCUCUGGGAUGUCGUCCUCCGCUUCCAGCGCCGAUGGGUAUGCCGCCUCAGGCGGCGACUUCACGGAGGUCGUGAUCGUGCGGCACGGGGAGACGUCAUGGAAUGCCGCGCGCAUCAUACAGGGACACAUGGACGCAGAGCUGAAUGAUAUUGGGAGGCAACAAGCUGUCGCGGUUGCCCAUCGGCUUUCUAAAGAAGUGAAACCAGCUGCCAUAUACUCAUCUGAUCUAAAGCGAGCAGCAGAGACUGCGCAAACAAUUGCAAGAAUCUGCAAUCUACCAAAUGUUGUGUUCGAUCCAGCACUUCGAGAAAGACACAUUGGAGAUCUGCAGGGCAUGAAGUUUCAAGAUGCUGCUACAGAGAGGCCAGAGGCUUACAAAGCUUUUAUGUCCCACAAGAGAAACCAACAAAUUCCUGGUGGUGGAGAGAGUCUUGAUCAACUGUCGGAACGAUGUGUGUCAUGCUUGCAUAACAUUGUUGAGAAACACAAAGGUGAGCGAGUUAUCGUGGUCUCACAUGGCGGCACCAUCAGGGAACUCUACCGGUACGCCAGCCCGACGAGGCCUCUCCACGGUAAAAUACACAACACGUCCGUAAGCGUGAUCCUCGUGUCCGGCAUCACCGGUCGCUGCAUCGUCAAGAUGUGCGGAGACAUCAGUCACCUUCAGGAGACGGGGGUCCUGGAGAACGCCUUUGGUGGCGAUAAGAACUCCGCCUGAUUAUUCCAGAUUUGUUAGGGACCAUCGUACGUACUUGCAGCAUUGAUCACGUGCAGAGAGUACUCGUCCGUUCCCGUCAUCUUUUUAACUGUACCAAUCACCCUGUUACUAUCGAGAAUGAUCCUGCCCAAUUCGGAACGUGGGAUUUUCUGCGCAAUUCGGAACGUUGGGAUUUUUCGCAGGAAUAUUCCAGUUGCUGGCUGAA